AUGUCAGCCAACGGCGACAACACGGGGUGCUGUGGCGCGUCGUCGACGCUGGAAAUCGUCGGCAUAUCCUUCGCCUCCUUCUUCGCGCUCUUCAUGCUGACGUGCUCCGUCCGCUGCUUCCGCCAAGGCGAGGCCCGCCGCCAGGGCCGGCCCAAGGCCCCCUGCGAAGGGCUCGACCCUGCCGAGAUCGCCGCGUUACCGACUUUCCCUUAUAAGCGAAUUACGAGAGCCGACGACGGCGCCGAAGAGAAGGGUGCUGGUGCAAUGGAGUGCUCAAUAUGCCUGAGCGUGGUGGAGGAAGGGGAGGUGGUGAAGAUGCUGCCCAGGUGCACGCACUCGUUCCAUGGAGGGUGCAUUGAAUUGUGGCUGCGUGAUCACGCCACGUGUCCGGUGUGCCGGACCGAGAUUCUCGGGGCUGGCGAUGGCGAAGAAGAAGGAGGUUGGGUGGUGGUCGGAGCGGCGUCGGCGGCGGAGGUCGGGCAAGAGGAAGGAGCGUCGCGUGAUCUGGAGAGGCAGUAG